AUUUUUUUCCUCUCCUCUCGCCCACCGCUCUCCAUCUUGACAUUUGACAGACCAAGUCAUUUCAAUUGAUUGCCUGUCAUCGCCAGUGCAUGUCCCAUGCCUGGUUUUCCCCCUCUUCUGUGUCACCCUGUCUCCUUCUCCGUUUAGUUUCUCCAUUCUAAUUGUUCCAAAAAAAAAAAUAUCAUGGCUUCCGACCCUGUCCCUCCAGCUGCUGCGCCAGUAGCCGCCGCGAGCGAGGAGCUGGAGAACACCAUGCCCGCUCCCGAUGUCGAUGCGGGCUCCGAAGCCGUGGUCAACCUCACUAUCGUCCUACCGGAUGCAAAGUCUGAAAAUAUACAGAUCGUGGUGUCGUCCCAGGAACAGGUUCAUGAGGUUCGCCAGUCCGUCAUCGACAUGCCCGCCGCCUUCCAGUACACGUGCUUCCACCUCGAGUACAACGGCGAACGGAUCAAUGACUUCAUCCCCCUCGCCGAGAUCCCUGAAUUGGGACCCAAUCCGGAGUUUCACCUCGUCCAAGACCCUUACACUGAGAGGGAGGCUCGCGUCCAUCUCGUCCGCAUCCGAGAGCUCAUUGGCGCCGCGGGAAACCGCUCCGAAAUUUCCCAGGGUGUGCUCCCUGGUCUCUCGCUCUUCGAGACGGUCGCCAACGAAGCACAGACGAACAAAGACGAGGCUGCCGCCGCCGAGCUGCCCAUCAAGGACUACGAUUUCCAGGCCAUUCCCUCUCUGACCAGCCUCGUUCCCAAGGAGACCGACCCCGCGCCCAAGACGGUGAAAUCCAUCGCCCUGUCGCCCUGGAACCCCCCGCCACCCCACCUGAGGCAGCGAGGUCAUCUUCUGUACCUCAUCGUCACCACGACCGAGGGCGAGCAAUACCAAAUCACAUCCCACGUCUCGGGCUUCUUUAUCAAUAAGUCAUCCAACGCAAAGUUCGAUCCUUUCCCCAGGCCGGCGCCCAAGGGCCAAUCUUCUCACUCUCUGCUCAACUUAAUCGACACCAUCUCUCCCUCUUUCGCCGAAUCCUUCACGCAGCUCCAGGAGUACAACAACCAAAGGGACCCCCUGGCCACUUUUCAGAUCACCAACGCGGUUCCUGCUGCACCUUGGGCUGUCCCUGCCCCUACUUCUUCUCUUUGCACACAUCUUCCUGACGCCACACGAUCCCAGGAGACUUAUCUGAUCGCUGGGCUCGACAACACAGAUUCUCUGCGAGAUUGGAACGAAGAAUUUCAGUCAGCCAAGGAGCUUCCCCGAGAGACUGUUCAAGACCGGGUUUUCCGAGAGCGUUUAGUGUCUAAGCUGUUUGCCGACUACAAUGACGCAGCUAUCAAGGGUGCCGUCAUGGUUGCUAGAGGCGAGAUCGUCCCUCUGAACCCUACCGAGUGCAAAGAUGCCCAGAUUUUUGUCUACAACAACAUCUUUUUCUCAUUCGGUGCUGAUGGUGUUGGCACUUUUACUUCCGAGGGUGGCGAUGAGGCUGCUCGAGUCGCCACUGGCAAGGAUGUGGCUGGCGUGAAGUUGGUAAACCAGCUCGACAUCGAGGGUCUAUUCACUCCUGCUACCGUCGUCGUUGAUUAUAUCGGAAAGCGUAUUGUUGGUCAGAGUAUUGUACCUGGGAUUUUCAAGCAGCGUGAGCCUGGCGAGAACCAGAUCGACUACGGUGCCGUUGAUGGAAAGGACAUCGUGGCCGCCGACGAACGGUUUGCCGCUGGGUUCGCCCAGCUGUCCAAGGCGCUCAAGGUCAAGAAGCACCCCGUCUGGGACAAGGAUGGAAAACGAUUUGACUUGGAGGCAAGCGUUGAAACUAAGGGGCUGAUGGGAACUGAUGGACGCAAGUACGUCCUGGAUCUCUACAGAAUCACCCCCUUGGAUAUCGCCUGGCUAGAUGAAUCCGGGGAUAACAAGGAUGCGGCCGAGUAUCCCCACCGGAUGACUGUCCUGCGACCGGAACUCGUCGACUCCUUUGGACGAUACAGGAUGAAGGAGUGGGUGGACAAGGAACUUGCCCGCCGGAGCGAAGCGGCGAAGCCUACGGAAGGAGAUUCCAGCGAUGAAGACAGCGAGGAAGACAGUGACGAAUCCAGCGAGGAAGACAGUGAUGAGGACAGUGAUAAGGAGAAGGAGAAGCCUGCCAAGGCGACAAGCAAGAAGGCGGCCAAGGGCGAAAAGACUCAGCCCGACCUCUCUGACUUCCGAUUUGCCCUCAACCCCGAUGCCUUCAGUGGCCAAACCCCACAAACAGACGCCGAGAAGGCCGAGCUCAUGGCCGAUGAGGCUGAAGUCAGGGCGGCAGGCACAUAUCUGCGUGAGCAAGUGAUCCCUGGCUUGUUGCGAGAGCUCUCUGAAUCGGACAUCAGCUUUCCAAUGGAUGGUCAGUCGCUCAGCCGACUUCUACACAAGCGCGGAAUCAACGUGCGCUUCUUAGGCAAGGUUGCCGAGCUCAGCACUGACGGAAGGCUUCAAUGCCUACGAGACAUUUGUGUUCAGGACAUGGUUACGCGGUCCUUCAAGCAUGUGGCUGCAGUAUACCUCCGCCAUGUGCCUGUUCCUGCCAUCCACGCCUGUGUUUCGCACCUGCUUAACUGUCUUCUUGGACACGUAUUCAACUCGAAGCCAGUUGCUGAGAUUGAUUCCGAACUGCGCGCUCUCUACACUGAUGCAGAUUGGUCCUUUGAGAAACUCACGCCCGAGAUUUUGCGCGCGAGCAUCGAGGCGCACACCCUCAAGCGUUUCCGGUAUAAGCUGGACCAGAAGUGGUUCUCGCAGGUUCGGCCUACCCAGCUUCUCCGUGAAGUCUGCUUAAGGCUUGGCAUCCAAGUCCAGGCCCGGGAUUACUUGUUUUCGGCCGAUGACUCGGCUGCAAAGAUUCCCGCCAAGCCUGUCCAGCCCAUCACCAACGGUCAAGCGAACGGCGAGUCCAAGAAGAAGAAGAAGAAGGGUCGUGACUCGCCUCCCCCAGUCAUCGCCGCCCCGAUUAACAUCCACACGUUCCGUCCCGACGACAUCAUUGACAUGGUGCCCCUAGUCAAGGACUCUUCCCCCAGGAGCUCACUCGCUGAGGAGGCCCUCGAAGCCGGUCGCAUCUCUAUCAUGCAGAACCAGAAGAAGCUGGGCCAGGAGCUCCUGCUAGAGUCUCUAUCCCUGCAUGAACAGAUCUACGGGAUCCUACACCCGGAGGUUGCCAGGGUCUACAACAGCCUCUCGAUGCUGUACUACCAGCUUGACGACAAGGAGGCUGCCGUAGAGCUCGCCAGGAAGGCCAUCAUCGUCGCCGAAAGGACCGUUGGUGUGGACUCAUCUGAGACCCUUCUCAACUACCUCAACCUGAGUCUUUUCCUGCAUCAAAUUGGCGAUAGCAAGGGUGCCCUGAUCUACUCCAAGCAUGCCCUAGAGAUGUGGAAGAUCAUCUUUGGACCUGGCCACCCCGACUCUAUCACAACCAUCAACAACGCCGCGGUGAUGCUACAACAUCUCAAGGCCUACCAUGAGUCUCGACUCUGGUUUGAGGAGUCACUGCGCGUGUGCGAGUCUGUCUUUGGCAAGCAAUCAGUCAACUCAGCUACUCUUCUGUUCCAACUUGCUCAGGCGCUUGCUUUGGACCACGAUUCUAAGGGAGCCGUCAACCGCAUGCGUGAGUCGUAUAACGUUUUCCUGGCUGAGCUUGGCCCCGAGGACAAGAACACCAAGGAAGCGGAGAGCUGGUUGGAGCAACUGACGCAAAAUGCCGUCUCCAUCGCUAAACAUGCCAAGGACGUUCAGGCGCGACGAAUCCGAUCUGGAAUCCGCUUCAACACGACUGCGUCCCCAGCCCAGGCUGCCUCUGUUGCCCCCCCAGGCGGCAACGCCCAGGGGUCACAAAUCGAUUCCCGCAGCAUCGACGAGCUCCUCAAGUUCAUCGAGGGAGGUGACCAAAAGACCAAGUCGUCCAAGAAGCGACCUAGUCGAGGAAACCCCAAGAGGCGAGGCCAGGCGGCUAUGUAAGUACAUCGCACGCUGCCUCACGCCUUGGCCUCAUGAUGCUGUUGUGUGAUCGGUAUUUGCACACUGCUGUGUAAAAGUAGGAAUUAUACAUGUAUAAUGCGGCGGAUGAUUC